GCGUGCAACUCAACACCGGGCAUAUGCAUUUGGCUCGGCUCUUUUCCCGCUUUUACAGAUCCGCGAACGAAGCAAAAGCUUGCAUCUUGGCCGCAUCUCAUAUAUAACAGCCUGUAACUCGCUCUAGUUGAUCAUUGCUGUAGAUGGCUACCGAUGAUAAAGGCCCUACGUCGCCUAUUUCACCCGUUGCACCGAUUCCCCAAAUCGAGUAUCGCAGUCGUGUUCCAGAAUUUUACGGUUUCGUCGCAUGGACAUCGACGUCGAUCUUAUUCUUAUUAUAUGUUCUGUGGGCUGUGCUGCCCGACGAACACAUUAUAUGGCUUGGCGUUGACUGGUAUCCUAGUCGUGAAUGGUCUUUGCUGCUCCCAGCUUACAGUAUCGUCCUCGUCCUCCUGACAUACUUCGUGUAUUUUUCUCUCGCCAUCGCCGCCACGCCCGCCUUCUCUGACGUCAGCGCCUUCACUGACUCAAAGGCGCUCCUUCCUCCAAUUGGAGUACACGACUCGCACAUCUCAUACACGAAAGGAGAUGCAAUACCUGAAUUAUAUGAUAUCCCUAUAAGGACAGUGAACUGGGUCCUGUACCAUCCUGAAUGAUGUGGUCAGAUCUGGAUAGUGAAGGAAUUAUAUAUCUUUCUCGUGUAUUUGAAAUUAAUACAAUUCGACUAUCAAUCA